UGCCGCCGCAGCCGCCGCCGCUCGGGGUCCCCGAGACGCAGCCCCGGCUGAGGAGCGCGUCGGCCGGCUGCCCAGCAGCGCCGCGGAGCUGAGGAGCGGAGCCGCGGGACCGGCGGGCGGGCGGGCGGGCGGACAGGGGGAAACUUUGUCUUCAGUCACAUGAAGUAGCUGACCGCCUUAGCUGACUGCGUUAGCUGCGUGAGCAUCUCAGCGGGGGCGCUGGGCUCCGGGAAGACGGCGGUAAAGCGGCAGUAAAGCGACUGUCCCGACUAUCCCGACUAUCCCGAUAGAAUCAGCCUGCCAUGGCUGACCAGAGACAGCGCUCACUCUCUACCUCCGGCGAGUCCCUGUACCGUGUUCUGGGGCUGGACAAGAAUGCGACCUCAGACGACAUUAAAAAGUCCUAUCGGAAACUUGCCUUGAAGUAUCACCCUGACAAGAACCCCGAUAACCCGGAGGCUGCAGACAAGUUUAAGGAGAUCAACAGUGCCCACGCCAUCCUGACGGACGCCACCAAAAGGAACAUCUACGACAAGUACGGCUCGCUGGGGCUCUACGUGGCUGAGCAGUUCGGGGAGGAGAACGUGAACACCUACUUCGUGCUCUCCAGUUGGUGGGCCAAGCUGCUCUUCGUGGUGUGCGGGGCCCUCACGUGCUGCUACUGCUGCUGCUGCCUGUGCUGCUGCUUCAACUGCUGCUGCGGGCGCUGCAAGCCCCGGGCGCCCGCGGGCGAGGACGCCGACUUCUACGUGUCCCCGGAGGACCUGGAGGCGCAGCUGCAGUCGGACGAGCGGGGAGGGCUCUGACUGUGCGGGAGUGUUUGUGGUGGCGGCAGGGACGGUUGAGGUGUGAACGUGGACACUUGAGAGGCCACAGACACGCCCGUCGUCGCACAGCCCGCGUCGGCCACGGAGACCACCCAGCUCACGGCCGACUCCCACCCCAGCUACCACACCGACGGCUUCAACUAGGCCCGGGAGUGGCCGCAGUAGAGGCUAGCCCGGCACUCGGCCACUUCACCCCUAGAGUCACGGACCGUCGUCACAGAGAUGGGGAGCGCGCAGCUGCCGGCCCGCCGGGGCCCUGCCCACCUCUGUGCCCGCCUGCCUGUCGCCCCCAGCGCGUGAAGUGCGUCGCAUGCGGUAUUCAAAGCGGUUUAGCUCCUCCUCCUUCCAUCCCUCCUUUUCUAAUAGCAUGUGCGGCUCUGUUCCCUGUCUGCGCUGUGGGUGCGCCGCGGCGCGGCUCUGUUACCGGACCGUGGAUCUCCCUCGGGGCUUACGAUUCGCUGCACCGACCAGGGCUGCACCAGGGCUGCGUGUGGGGUCCCCGCCAAGCAGCCUGGGGCAGGAAGGGUGGCUCCUUUCCCUGGUGUCGCUGGGAGGUCCGAUCCACACCCUGUGCUUGGCAGCGGUCUGGACGCAGGCAGCGCCUCUGGACGCCGCGCCGGGAAGGAGCUGGCGUGUCCUCCCGCUUUGCCCGGUCCCGUCAGCAUUUCCGUGGUGUUGGUUUGUGCGGGUCUGUUUGCCUCGGUUGCUUGGCCUUGCGGCAGAGUCUUGCCCAUGGGGAGGCUCGUUGUGGAAGGUGUGGGAGGCUCUGGUGACCGCAGGGACCAUAUUUUCUACCUGGGCACGGCCUCGGUUUCCACGUCCCGUGGUCCUCGGGGCGCGCUCCCUCCCCCGGCGAGGCGCCGCUUCUCCCACACUCCCACCCCGUCCCCAGGCCACGAGCUGGACUGAUGGGGCCACACUCCUCCGUCUCCCCACCCCUCCGGCCACCUCCACAUUCCUUCAGGCCCGCCUGGCCUCCUGGUGGUCCUUCUGGGACCUCUAGGAACCCCAGAUGGUAGCAGUGACCAGUGUGCUGCUGUCAGAGGGGCUGACCGUGCAGGUCGCUGGUGGAGUGCGGCUCGAUCACCCCGGGAAGCCCACGUGCAGAGCCCAGCCCCCUCCGCUGAGCUUCCCAGAGCUCCUGCCCGUCCCCACCGUCCUUCGCCUGUUCCCUUCGGUCACCGUCGAUGGUUCGGGCCGAGCGAGAGACGCCGGGUUCCUGGAGGAAGGACCAGCUGGACCAAAGGCAUAGCCCGGUGUCCCUGGCUUGUGAGCCAGCAGCCUGACCGCAGAGCCUCCGCUCGCCGUCUCGAGCAGCGCCUUCCGUGACCCGUGGGAAGUCCGUCCUUCUUGUCUUUGACCCAGAACUUGUGGGUGGCGCCUCUGCAGGGGACGAGAAACGGGUUACGAUGGGCCCGUGCUGGCCCAGAGGUCACACUGGUCCCCGCACUCCCAGCAGCCCUGGAUGUGGCGUGGCUCCCUGCUGAGCCUGCACUGGUCGCCGGAGACCCAAGCGGUUUCCACAGAAGGAACCAGUGGCUGCUGGUGCGUGUCUCCUGCGUGUGUAGUAGGUGACGGACGAGGGGGACCGUGUCGGCUCAGGCGCACCAGAGCGUGUUCCCACGGCCCCCCGUUUCCACCACCACCAGCCUGCACCCUGCUCACCUGCUGGGCCCUGGCCCUUGUCUGCCACCCACAGCUGUGCGGAGCGCAGGUUCUUACCGGCCCGGAACGGGCUGUGGCGGGAGGGCAGCGUCCGUACAGGACGGGGACAGGCUCCGAGCGCAGUGCUGGGGGGCGGUGGCGGGCUGUGGCCGGUUGUAGCUGCUGCAGUGGUGGCCACUCCCAGGUCCUUGGGCAGGUUUGUGGUCCUUUGUUUGUUUGUUUUCUGUUGUUGUUUUUGGCUUUUGUUCAUUAAAAUAAUCAUGAAGACAUUCA